AGUGUCAAUGCUCAUUUUUACCAGACACCAGUGACUGUACUAAGUACAAAUUCUGUAAAGACAAUAUUCUGUAUGAGAUGAAAUGCCCAUCUGACCUCGCGUUCAAUCCAAAAACAGGCACAUGCGACUACGCCGAACAAGUGCAGUGUAAAUAUACACGAUGUAUCGAGCCUAAUGGUCUGUUUCCUCAUCCAGACUCGUGUCUUUAUUACAUUCAUUGCGAGAACUGGAAGGUUAAGAUCAUGAAAUGUCCAGAAGGCCUCGGAUUUAACCCUAACUCUAUGAUCUGCAACUGGCCUGAUACCUGUGAUCUGAACAUCACAAAACCACUCAUCGUUUACCCAGCCAAAAAGGAAUGCCCAUGUGAUUGUUGCGCCAUUGCUGACCCCAAUGACUGCUCUAAGUUUAUUUUAUGUAUCAGUGGUAAUAUUAUCAAACAGCAAUGUGUUGAGGGACUCUUCUUCAACCCUGAUACAGAGAAUUGUGACUAUGCUAAAAAUGUCAACUGUAAUAGAACGUGUGACAAGGACUGCGAGGAGCCAACGAAACCUCCUGAGAUAUCUUGUAAGAAGCCAUUCGGCCUCUUCCCUCUUCCCAACAAACACAAUCUGUUCAUUCAUUGUUGCCGCAGCAUCCCACUCGUCAAGGAAUGUCCAAGCUUUCUUUACUUUAACCCUCGACUCAGAAUUUGUGACUGGCCAUGGAAUGUCGGAAACAGCACCGAGGAACCGAAACCCGAGAAACCAGGAGAUACAGGAACUUGUGACUGUGACUGCUGUAUCAGACCUAUUGAUGGAGACUGCGCAGGAUUCAUUCGAUGUGAGGGAGAGUUCGUUCAACGUGGCAAAUGUAGUGGAGGACUUCUAUUUAACCGUUACCUGGAAAACUGUGAUCUACCAGAAAAUGUUAUAUGUCAAGAUGAUUUGGUAGGCAUCGACUGGAGGUGUCCUUCUAGGUUUGGUUUAUUCCCUCAUCCUAAGGAUUGCCUGAAGUUCAUACAAUGUUCCCACUGGAUACCACAUGUGAUGGUUUGCUCUGGUGGACUUCACUUUAACCCGGUAAAGGAAGUCUGUGAUUGGUCUGAAGACGCUGGGUGUAAUGGAACCUUACCAACGGUAAAGCCUGAGCCGAAUGGAAAGUGUGACCUGUGUGAAUAUUGUCUUAUUCCUGACAACGCAGACUGUGCAGCCUUCAUACGAUGUGAAAACGGUAAAGCAUACAAAGACCGCUGUUCUCCUGGGCUUCUCUUUAAUCCCAAAACCUACAGCUGCGACUACGAGCAUAACGUGGACUGCGACAAACCAGAAACAUGCUCAGAGCCUUGCGGGCUCUUCCCACACAAAGAUUGUACACGGUUUAUUCGCUGUGACCGCAAUAUUGCUCAAGUUAAAGACUGCCCAACAGGAUUACAUUUUAACUCAGUACUGAAGACCUGCGAUCGACCUGAUAGAGCUGGAUGCGAACGAGACCAGGAUUCGAACCUAAUCUGUAAAGAUUGUGACUGCUGUCUUGUGCCUGAUAAAGAAGACUGUUCCAGAUAUUUCAUUUGUGAAUCAGGAAAAUCGGUCCGUGCUAAAUGUGGGGAAGGUUUGCUAUUCGAACCAUCUGUCAACAACUGUGUUCUCGAAAAAGACGCCUCUUGUAAAAUCAACAAAUUUAUUUGUCCAAUGAUCGAUGGAAUGUUUAAGAAUGAAGACGAUUGUAGCUCCUUUUGGUCUUGCGAUAAUGGAAAAGCUUUCCUGAUGAACUGUCCACCUGGUCUUCAUUGGAGCCAAGCUCUCCAACGUUGCGAGUGGCCAUGUGUUGCUCGUUGUGAUCCAUCUGUACCAGUCUGUCCAACAACCAGCACUACCAUAGAACCAACACGUGACCCUCUAUGUCCUUGUGCUGAAUGCAUUUCUGAAAAUCCUUUUGACUGUCAGUCCUACUUUAAAUGUAAAAAUGGAGCUCGAGAAAAGAAGUAUUGUCCUAUUGGUCUUUACUUCAACAAAUAUACCCAUCUGUGUGACUAUCUGCAAAAUGUUGAAUGUCCAGACAUUGGAGAUCCUUGCCUGUGUAAAAGACCCAAUGGCAAAUUUGUUUUACCCGAGGACUGUAAAAAAUAUGUUGAGUGUGUUAACGGUAUCGCCUUCAUCAAAAAGUGUCCAUGGAAUCAGAAGUUUGAUAAAUACAGACAAACCUGUGUUUCUUCCAAUGGUGGAUGUGACAACUGGGGAAAGGAUCCUGUCUGUAGAUACGUCGACGGCUUAUUUCCGAAGAAAGAUGAUUGUACUAAGUUCUACCACUGUUUUAAUGGCAAGUCCUACCUAAAAGACUGUCCCAUGUCUUUGUUCUUCAACCCUCGCCUUCAGGUCUGUGACUGGCCUUGGAAUGUUAACAAGUGCGGAGUUGUUACAGAUCCAGAUCCUACCUGUAUUGUUAAUCACAACAUAAAAUGUCCAUCCAGCGCAUGUAGAGUGGCUGACCCAUAUGAUUGUGGUUCUUUUUACGACUGUACUGCAGACGGUAAAGCCUGUAAGAAGAUGUGCCCAGCUGGACUCAAGUUUAACCCUAUUAAGAUGGUCUGUGAUUUACCUGAGAACUGUGAUUGCACUCUAACAGCUCCAGCACAGGAACCAAGGGAUGUGAAAGAAAUCAAACCUGCUUCCAAGCCUACUUCCAAACCUUCUGAUCCAUGUGCAAAGCGAAGUUUUGGAAUGGUUCGCAGUCCAACUGAUUGUUCCAAGUUCAUCAAUUGUGCAUCAGCGCAAAGAAUUGAGCAGAGCUGUCCUCCUGGAACUUAUUUUAAUGAAGCUGUUCAAAUAUGUGACUUUAAAACCAAUGUUCAAUGUUGAUUGAAAUUUUCUAAUCAUCCAAUUAAAAAUAUGCCAAUUUGAUGCUUAAUAACUGUUUCAUAGGUUGGAAUAGAAUAAAACUGUUAAUUUGUUACUUUGAAUAAAUAGCUUUAACUGAAAGCCUUGUGCAACAGGUGAGCGAUUCGUCCAAUAUUGUAAAUGCUUUACAAAUUAUAUAGUAUCACUAAGAAAAUUAAACAAUAAAAUAAUGACUACGAUUAGAACUCCAUCUCAAAUUAUAAAUCAAUUUAACUGUUUCAAAUUAUAAUGUACUAUUGUACAUUGACAGCUAUCUAGCUAUGUUAACGUUAUGCUGUAAGCUCUGUUUUAUUUGA